CAAUCCCCUAUCUGUGACGCUCUCUUGAAGUGGUUUCAGCAUCAUGAUAUUUAACACACCCACCCUAAACAUCCGACAGAGGUAUUUCCUCAAGCGCCUGUCAACUGGCAAAAAUCUCCUUCAUAUGUCGUUACAGCGCUCGUGCCAACGGUGUGUUGGAUCUCCAGCACUAAACGGUGAAACUUCUCAUGAUCGCAUUUAUGUCGACGGAAGGAGGUGAGAUGCAACAAAGCUUGUUACCAAAGCUGGAAAGCCUUGCUUUAUUCUGGAUACAAAAGAGCGAAUGCACUUCUGCACAGUCGCUUGUCAGCAUCUGUCAAAGAAAGAUCACUUGCGACGUUGAAUGAACAGCGGCAGAUGUUUUAUAUGUACCAGUUUUCGGUGAACCGGUGAAUUCGCCAGCAGCGAGAUGGACAGUUGCGUUUUCGGUAUUGCGAAUUGUGGGUAAGAUAUCGGAAGAGGCUUGUGAGCUCGCAUUUCAAUAUUUGAAAUAUAAUGUUAAAAUAGUCUGUAAGUAAUAAUAGUGCGUUAAUAUCGGGAACUAUUCUCGCGUGUUGCCAACUCUGAUUGCACGGGAGGAAUUUAGUCGCGAGCGCACGAAAAUAACUGGAUUAUUGUUUCACGUGGAUGUGGAUGGGCGAACACACUUCGCCAAAUAAAUCCUCAUUUCUUCUCUUAAACUGGCAAAUGAAAACGAAAACGUUCCAUGUUUUCUCAUAAAAUUGGGAGCCCGUGUUUUAUGUACUGUUGGCGAUGUAGUGCGCUUGCUCACUUUUAUCCCUGCCUUUCCAAACAAGUCUUUUCUCGAACAGGACACAGUGAAGAUGAUUCUCUUCAGAAAAUUCCGCGUCUUGAUUUUAAUGGUGUUUCUUAUCGCCUGCUCUAUGCACAUUAUGAUAGACUUGUUACCCAAGCUGGAAAGACGGGUCAGUAGCGCCUGUUCUUGCUCCCACACACCCAGCGAAGAGCCGCAGAACUGGGCUAAGCAUCGAGCCAAGCCGGGAUCAGAGUCCGGCUGGCCUAAUAAACACACACUCCGAAUACUUCAAGACUUCAGCAACGAGCCAAACUCAAACCUGUCCUCUCACUCACUGGAAAAGAUCUCCGUCGGGGGUAAAGCUGAGGCGGUAAGAAGAGUUGAGCAGUUGAAGACAGGUGACGAUAAGAGGCACGCUACACGGGACACUACCGUCAGCAAGAAUGCAGCCGUUAAGGGUUCAAGGCUUUCUGCACUAUUUGAGCAUCCUUUAUACACGAGGCCAUUGCCUCCACUGACUGAUGAAGACACGCUUUUCAACGUCAACACUGAUAUACGAUUUGACCCUAAAGCUGCUGAAAACCCAGAGUGGCACGAGGAAGGGAAAGAAGGGGAUUUUACUCCUACGGGGGAGAUUUCCUCAGACACCUACCCUAACUGGCUCCGCUUCCAUAUUGGGAUCAACCGUUAUGAGCUCUACUCCAGGCACAACCCAGUCAUUGAUGCAAUGCUGAAGGACCUGGUCUCGCAAAGAAUUACCAGUGUUGCAAUGAAAUCUGGAGGCACACAACUGAAGCUGAUCAUGACAUUCCAGAAUUAUGGCCAGGCACUCUUUAAACCCAUGAAGCAGACACGGGAACAGGAGACACCACCCGACUUCUUCUACUUCUCCGAUUUCGAGAGGCACAAUGCUGAGAUCGCAGCAUAUCAUCUAGACAGGAUCUUGGAUUUCCGUCGAGUGCCGCCAGUGGCUGGGCGACUGGUGAAUAUGACCAAAGAGAUCAGAGACGUGACCCGUGACAAAAAACUGUGGAGAACCUUUUUCAUUUCACCAGCCAAUAACAUCUGCUUUUACGGUGAAUGUUCGUACUACUGCUCCACUGAACACGCUCUAUGUGGGAAGCCUGACCAAAUUGAGGGUUCUUUAGCAGCUUUUCUGCCAGACCUAGCCUUAGCCAAGCGCAGGACAUGGAGAAACCCCUGGAGACGGUCUUAUCACAAACGCAAGAAAGCAGAGUGGGAGGUGGAUCCAGACUACUGUGAGGAGGUGAAGCAGACGCCACCCUAUGACAGCGGCUCUCGCCUGCUCGACAUCAUGGACAUGACCAUAUUUGAUUUCCUAAUGGGAAAUAUGGAUCGGCAUCAUUAUGAGACAUUUGAAAAAUUUGGAAAUGAUACUUUCAUAAUUCACCUUGAUAAUGGAAGAGGCUUUGGUAAAUAUUCUCAUGAUGAGCUUUCCAUACUGGUGCCUUUGAGUCAAUGCUGCAGGGUUAAGAAGUCCACCCAUUUACGGCUUCAGCUGUUGGAUAAGGAGGAGUACAGACUGAGUGCACUGAUGGCAGAAAGUGUCCAGACAGACAUGCUCUCGCCCAUCCUCAUUAGGCCUCAUCUGGAGGCCAUGGACCGCAGGCUGCGCCUGGUGCUUCAGGUACUGGCCGACUGCAUUGAAAAGGAAGGCCACACCAAUGUAGUAGAGGAUGACAUGGGCACAGAGGGCAUGGACAUGGGCACAGUCCCACAGAGGUAGUGGGCACAAACUGAUCAGGCAUCCCCGUUGGAUCCUUUGAAGUCCCACAACAACGCUAUAGACCAUGAACGUCUUGCAAGAGAUGCUCUUGUUGAUAAACUCUGAAUUCAGUGAAUUCCAAAGACUCAUUCCUCAACCAAUGGACCAUGUGUUUAAAUAAUGAUACACAGUGGAAGAGAAGGUUUGAGAUACAGUGAUCUGCAGUCCUGCAGUAAUUUAAUCUGAAACGUAUACUGAUCUUCAUACUGUAGGUCGUAACAAGUGUUAAUAAGCAAGCAGUGGUUCUCAACUGGUGGGUCAAUUAUCAAUCUUCCUAUUCAUCAUAUGUCAUGUUAAUAAGUUUGCAUAUGUAUUUGGCAUAUGCAGUUCUUGGUAGGCCUAAUAUUAAUACAUUUCAAUGUUUGAUUUUAUGGAUAUUUUUGUUUACCAUACAAUAAACGAUUAUAGCUAUGUUUAGUAGCUGCUUGAUGUCUGAUGUAAAAUCGGGGUCCUGAAGAAAAACCAGUUUAGAACCAAUGUUACAGGAUCGAAAUAAACACAUGAAAAAUGCAUGAACAUCAUUGGUCCCAUAUUUGCUGUCGCUUUGAGUAAAUUAUUUGAACUUUUGAGAUUUACAAUGUAGUUUUGUAAAAAAAAAAAAAAAGAAAUGAGCUAAUGAGAGGUACAGAUGCAACAGUGAAUGUUUGACUGAAGGUACAGUAUUUGCAGCUACAGAAGAUAACAUUUUCCUCACAUUUCAGGUCAAUCUAAUGAGAAACUACAGAUUCACAAACUCUUUUGCCGCUUCAAAUGUGAAUGUCUAAAUAUACAAUAUGUGGACUUUUAUGUCUUUGUAUAAAAAGAGGUCUUUAGACUCUCUCCAUUGCAAGGAGGAAAAUGAGGAACUGUGCAUUCAAAUAUCAAUGAAUUUUACUUUACCUUAUUCAGGACAAAAAGCUUAGUGGAGGGUGAGUUAUCUCCGGAAAGUAUGUGUCCCAUCUGUCAUGUAAUAGAUGAUCAGAGCUUAUUUAUUGAGUUUCAUAUUUAUUUUUCCCAACAUGCCACUCAUACCAUUUUCAUUUCUAUAAAUGAAAUCAAAGAGGUAGAUUCAGCUUAGUACAUUAAACGAGUUGCUGUAUUUGUGCUUGCAAGUACAGUAGAUUAGCAGUAAUGUGUAGUAUACCGGUACAUAAAAAAUGUUGAUGGUUUUUGGAUUUCAGAGAAACAUUCUAAACAACUUGCAUAAUUCUGGCUUUGUUACAUAUUUAUUAAUGUAGUAUACAAAUGGAAGAAAACUGAUAUUACAAUAUCAAUAAUCAACAUUGUUAACAGUGUGGUUGCUGCAUUUCUAUCUACAUUUGACACAAAAAUGUAGGCUUUAAAAGGACACAGUGAUGUUGAUUAUGUACAAAUCCAUGAAUCACUGUAAAACUGUCAUGCUAUUAAACUGACAUUUUUAAAAACAAAAUAUGUUUUAUAGUGCUCAGAGGAUUAUAUGACUGAUGUUCUAUAUGUCUAAAUGCUGGUAUACCCAUCUAUAGUCCUAUACAUAUGCUGUCACAGCAAUUUAUACUUUUGAUCUUAUUAGAUCAAAACGAUUCCGCUAAUUUCAUUGGGCACAGACUUAAGGUUAUUUUUGCCAUUUAGGAUUGCUGAUCUGUUUGUUAAGAUGAUUUUAAAAAGAAGCUCAGUUGUUGUUAUAAAAGUGUAAUAAAUAGUACAUAACAGUUAAUUGCAGCAUUAUUAGCACUUGAUAGUUGCCCAGAGUCAUCGGCAGUAGCACAAAGAUCAUGCAAGUUUGCUGAAUAAGAUAUUUUCUUAUUAUAAUUUUGUACAUAAUGUAUGCUCCAAUGUAUGAAUAGACAUUGCAUGUACAUUAUAACAUUCAGUGUCUUUUGAGUUCAGUGCUCUCAGCAGUCUUUGCUGUGCUACAAAACACAUUUGUAUAACUGCUGAAAAAGUUGUGUAAAUACUAUGUGACUCCAGUGCCUGUGCAAUUAUAGAAAUACUUGAAUACUCUGUUAUGGUGGUAACAGAGUAAUCAGCAGAAUACAGUAAAAUUGUAAGAUGUAAAAUGUAUCAUGGCGACAUUAGAAUUUGUAGUGAGGGGAUGGCCAUUGAUGGGCAAGUAUGUUUUUUGGUUUCCUUUAUACAGUAUGUGCUUUUCAUUGAGAACAGGGGACUCUCCUCAACCACCUCCAGUGUGCAGCAUCCACCUGGAUGAUGUGAUGGCAGCCAUAGUGUGCCAGUACGUUCACCACACACAAGCUUUUUGUGAAAAGGAGAGAGUAGAGUGAUAGAGCCAAUUCAUAAUAUUCAGUUGCAGUGUAUGAAACCAAAAUGUGAAUUUUGUUUUUUUAUUCUAACUAUUGGUGCCCACUACCUAGCCUUAGAACACUCCUAAAUAUAAAUGUAUCAAAACAAUAAUAUAAUUUCAAUGUGAUUAUUUAUAUAUUUUUGAACACAGGCACUGCUCUUUUUCUUUUAGAUUAAGUGGACCAAAUCAUCAGUACAAUUGGGACAGUGUUUUUAACUUUUAAUCCUCCAUUGGUAUUGAAA